GUCAACAAUGUACGAGCGUCCGCUCCGGAAAGCGGGCGGAGCGUCGAUUUUGUGGCCUUUUUGAGCUUCUGCCAUGAAAGUCAAAAUAGAUAGUUUGGAAUUUUGAACGCAGGAGUGUGUUAGAAACAUUUGCGAAAAUGAACAAAGACUCGCCCCUGUCGGGAGUAAAUGUAGUGCUCGUUAUGGCCUACGGGAGCCUGGUGUUUGUGUUGUUGUUUAUUUUUGUGAAGAGGCAGAUUAUGAGGUUUGCUAUGAAGUCCCGCAGAGGACCGCACGCCCCGGUGGGACACAACGCCCCAAAGGAGCUGAAAGAGGAGAUUGAGUCUCGGCUGUGUAAAGUGAAUAAUAUCCGCUAUGAGCCUCGGCUGCUGUCACACGACGACGACAGGCUGAAGCAUCGCGGGCCAAAUGGCUGUUAUAACUACCUGUACAGAAUGCAAGCUCUGGAUGCCAUCAGAGACGCUGACAUCGUUUCUCCUGAUCUGGCCCGCAGCCCCAGUGCUCUGACGGGCCCUUGCUACAGGAAAUGGCUGCUGGACCUACGCAAUUCUCACUCGCUGAUCAAAACCAGCCACAGCAGCCUCAUCGACCGCCUGCUGGAGGGCUACGACAACGCUCGUCACGGCACUGCGGCGUUCGGCGAAGCUGAAUUCCUCAGAUAUAAAGAAGACUUGUCCGAGCUUGCUGCCAUUGUGAAGGUGCAUUCCAGCACCAGCAGCCUGAACCAGCGGCACCAGUCAGCAGCUAAAGACCUGACGAGCUCACCCGGCCCAUCCUCAGCCUCCACCAUCCAGGUCACGUACUUGCCCUCUUCAGGCCAGCGCAGCAAAAGACCCAAACAUUUCCUCGAGCUCAAGAACUUCAAGGAUAACUAUAACACACUGGAGAGCACUUUAUAGGCACCUGUGCUUGUCUGGUCAGACACAUGGUAGGCCUGACAUUGGUGUAGAGGCGAGGAUGUGGCUGACCUUGUACUGCAGUGUGGAGUCUGACUGAAGCUGGGGUCAUUUAAACCUCACUGACUUGCAGAAUAGAGAGAAACUGGUAUAAAGCACAGAGGACAAUCUGUGACAGGCCAAAGGGACUGUUCUUUUGUGCAACGGUGACGAGCCGAAAACCUGUCUUUGGAAGACAGUUCAAAAAAAUAGUGUUAAGGUACGACUGGAUUUAUCGGUUAAGAUGCUGUCAGUGUUACAUACUGAGGAAAAAGUCACUGCCGCUGUUCAUUCUUUCAUUCAGAGCUGCCUGUAUGAACUAGAAAAUACACAAAGAGAUUAGAAAACCUGAACAAAAACAUUACUGUGAUAUAUAACACUUGGUAAGUGAUUGGGAGCUUUCAGUUAAAAACAAUGGGAUUUAGAAAGAGCCGACCAGUUUUUGACGCUUAAUUUUCUGUAAUUCUCCCACACAGUCCAAACAUUACUGUAGCAUUUGGUAUUAAAUUAGAAUAAUACACUAGAAAGGGAAAACUGGGAGACGGGGCAAAUGCUUGUACAUAUGUGAAGUCCUUUAAGUGCACUUUAUUUGCAGUUUGUGUACAGGAGGAAUGUAAGAAUUUUAGUGAUGGAUUUGGAACUAGAGCUGCUAUGCAUUUAGAGUCUGUGCAUAUGUGACUUAAAUCACGAAUCCUCACAAUCAAAACUAAACCUUGUGUGUCUUUUUUUUUUUUUUUGUUGUGUUUUUGUUUUAAACGUUACUGCUUAAAGCAGCGGCUUGUUGGGGGAAAAAAUGCACACAGUAGGUACGACCAAAAACACAUAUAGUGCAGUACUCGCUCCCAUGUGGUGUAAAUGUGUUCACACUGAAAACACACUAACAAGAAGAAGCUUGCGUAGUGGAAGAAAUUUCAAAAUGGUUGACAACACUCUGUUGGUCAAGAAGUCUUCCAAACAUCUUUUAAAUUAGUCCCCGCUGUGUGAUUUUAUCUUUCAACACCUUAAAAAUACACCAUUAUUUCCAAAAGCUAGCAACGUUGCAUUGCCUGCAUUUGAGGUCAUUUGCCUUCGCCUGGGAAACUGCUUAUGCUUCCACUUGACAUGAUACUGCUCUUGUAAAAUCCAUACACUAGAUGGUAGACUGGCACAUAAGUAGUGUAAGUGCAUAGUGUGUAGUACACAACUAAUUUUUGUUACCAAAAAACGUAGUCGAUGUAUGUAGUCGACAUUUUUAAAAACUACUCUCAUUAGCUUCACAGCUUUAGAGCAAAACUAAAGAAGCAAAGCUAAUCAGAGUUGUUCACACAGACACAAACUCCUCAAAUAAUUUUGCAGUAAUGGAUAUGUUUGAUGAUUGUUUGGGGUUUUGGAUACUAUUGCAUGCUCUCAUUUCUGAAAAGGAACGAAAGGGUAUCACAUAUCUUGAAACAGUGAGGUGUAACAGUAAGUUUAAAGCUGGAAGCACAUUCUUCUUUCUCACGUAGUCUGGUGUUAUUCACAGAAGCAGCAGACUCGGGUAAAGGUUGCCUUUAUAUUUCAAUCAUUUUAAAAAUGAAUGCUGCAGUUUUCCAAUCAUCCAUAAGGCAUCAGGGCAAUGUGUAAAAUCAUGCAAAUGCAGGUCAAGGUCUACAGUUAAUGUUCACAUCAAACUUCCGAAAAAGGAAGUCUGGGGCCAUGGUUGUUGGUGCUUGAUAGGCUGGUCUGAUUUAUUUGGAACCUGUGGUUUUCCUAGGAACAGUCUCAAGAUUGCACACGGGGUUAUAAAAGAAACAUAAAAGAAAUUAUUCACUGAGCGUUUUUAUUUCAUAUCUUCAAACUACUGUAUAUAUUUGUCAAGAUAUAAAUAAUUGCUUUUUGAUAAUUCUGUGCACUAAACACCAGCCAAAGGCACUUUUUUCUUUUCUCCUUUUACUUGGAAGUGACGUUGAACAGAACUAUCGCAAAUGUGAACAAGAAAAACAUAAUGCUGGGAAAAUGGGAAUGAUAUGAACACAAAAUAAAUAUUAAUCACUCGAUUCAGCUUCAACUUAUUUAUAGAGCACUUUAACAGUGAACUUGUAUAGACAUAUAAAAAUGCAGAAAAUACAUUAUGAUCUUGAUACUGGAUACUAAAUGUAUCCCAAGUGAGCAAGUCAGAGGUGACUAUGGUUAGGAAAAACUUCCUGAGACGAUAUGAGGAUGAAACCUUGAGAGAAACCACCCUCGAAAGGGAACCUCGGCCGCAUCUGGGUGAAACCAGAGAGUGUGAUUAUAAAUCACAGUUUCCUUUUUCUAACUGUGUACUUAAAAAGUGCAAUUGUGUAGCCAGGAAACUCAUUCUAGUUAUAAAAUGAAGACUGUCUGAAGUUUUAGGAAUCCAAACAAUAGAAGUUCCUCUCUUUUUAUGUAAAAGUUCCUGAAGUUAGUUUAAUCUCUUAACUCUUCUGUGUCUACUGCUCUGUGUCACACUCUUUCAUGCUUGCUUGUGUUAAAGUACACCACUAGUAGCUCGUGGCUCUGAUCUCAGUAACAUAAAUUUGCCAAAAAUGUAGACAAUACAGAAAACAUUUAUCAGUAGAUCAUUUUUUGUCAUUCUAUGAUAUGUAUCAUUAUAUCACAAAGCCUAGCUGUGGGGAAUGUUGUCUUGGGACACCUUUGCUGCUUAAUACCAGUUAAGAACUGUCUGAAUUUCACAGACUGUCUGAGCUAACUGUUGCUAAUCUCUUUAAGGUGAAGAUUUACCCACAGUGAGUUCUUCUUGAUGUGGUAUAAAGGGAGAUUCACAGCAUGAAUGUGCAGCUGAAGCAAAUAUGCCACAGGGGAUGUGAAAGAAUGUUUAUAAAACCUUUUGGAAUCCACACUACAAAGUACUGAGCAAAAGGCUUCCUAAGCAGUAUUAAUAUGGCCUUCUUAAGAAACUGGCUGGUGUGUGUUUGGUUGUUGUAUCUUAUUUCAUAUUUAAUAUGGUUUGAUAUGGGUGGUGGUAGCUCAAGUUUGAUAUGGGUGGUGCUCAAGUGGUGCUCUGGGUCAUUGACCGGAAGAUCAAGAGUCAAGCCCUAGCACUUCCAAGCUUCCACCCUUGGGCCCUUGAGCAAGGCCAACCCAACCCACUGCAUCAUGACUGACCCUGCACUCUGACCCCAACCCCCAAGGAUGGGAUAUGUGAAGAAAGAAUUUCACUGUGCAGUAAUGUAUGUGUGACAAAUAAA